AUGGGGACUGUACCAGAUCCUCUGAGAUCCGCCGAGCUUUCCCUGGUCACAGCUUCUGCGGAGGAGGACCACCUGGGAGACCUGCAGGCUGCUAAGCCCCAGCCCCCCGGCGCAGGGAGGGCCAGCAAUGGUUUCCCAUGCACCCUGUCUGGCUCUGCCGGGGUUUGCUUGUUCGACCUGAAAUGCCCGGCGCCUACCGGCACGCAGAGGUGUGAGCGAUGCGACGAGGAUGAUGCUAGCCAGCAGGAAGCCAUUCCUCCAGGGCUCACCAGCAAAGCUGUGGAGGGGCAUCCUGCAGCCAUAGAACCUGCUGGUUGCCCCAUAGACCCUGCUGGUUGCCCCCGGCCAGCGGGCAACCAGGGACCGGCAGCAGGAGCCCCCUUGGCGGGGCAGGGGUCCGAGAUGAUGCCAGCCCCCCAGAGCUCCCGGCAAUUUGUGCAAGGCAGCCAGGCAAAAACAAGCUCCCUGACGCCAAUGGAUGACUCUUCCUUGAAACCUCAUGGGACUGAUGAUCAGCUGGCACUUGAGGUGUUAAAUUAUUCUUCCCCAGGCGACCCUGUCAGGGGCAAUGAGUCCUGUUGUACUUCUCAGGCAAACCUUCUGCAAAGAGGGGAAAAAGACGGGGGAGCAGAAAAAAGUGGUCCUGGUGCGUGUCAGUCAGCCUCGCCAGCGAGGCACACCGAAGCUGACCUGGGGAGAGACCCACAGACGGGUUUGGAGGCAAAAAGCGGGGCUGCAGACACGACCCAGCUGCAUCCCACGGAUAAAACCCAAGCAGUGCAGAGCGGCGAGGCGCCAGCCCAGCCUAGCCACGGGAGUCCGCAUCCCGUACGCAACGUGGAUGCCGAGCUGGGGAGUCCAGCCCCCGCCCAGCUCUCCAAAUUCAGAGAAAUGGGUACAAUGACGGCUCAGCCGGAGGGCAGCUCUUUAACUCAGGAAGCAGUAAGCAGGACAUGGAGAGAUGCUGAGGUUCAGGCCGUGGCUACCGUGGAGAGCAAAUCGGCCUCCACCAGUCCCAGCAUCCUUGCUGCCUUCUUAAAAGGGAAUCCUCCUCCAGAGGAGAAGGAAGAACUGCACAUAAUUUACCAAGGGGGUAUGGCACUGAGCCAGUCUGCGCUUACUGACAGUUCAUCCUCCCAACAGAAGUCCCCACGUUCUCCUGGUAUCACGUCAAAAUCGACUGUUGUUACGGCUGUGACUGCUUCAGCCCAAACCCACCCUGUCAAACUGCCUGGGGUCCCAUCUGACAUGCUGUGUCCCGCAUCACCGGAUAAUGCAAAACCUCUUCUCCCCUUCUCCCCUGCAGCCGUGACCUCCCAAGGGACGUCUGUGGGUAAUGCUGAAACGAUGGGUGCAGCCCCUGAGGGCGAGGAUGCUGCUCGGCUGCCGACGGAUGCUCCAGCCCCACCAAAGCCCAUCCCUGUUGCGCAGCUUGCAGUUGACUCCAGUAAUCAAACUCCGGCACGGUCUGGGCCUGGUGCUGGUGAACCACGCACCAUGUCUGCUGCCGCUGUCCCGGGAACCGAGAACAACCUGCGAGAUCUUGUCCGUGAUGCGGGGAGCAGCCGGUUACCUUUACUGUGUAGCACAGGCGGUGAAGCCGAGCAGAAGGAGGUCCUGGGCAGCUUGGGGCAAAAGGCUGUGCACAGUAAGGAUGCGAGUCAAGGGGGGGCCGUUCCCAAUCAUCCUGGGGCAAAACCGAAGGAAGAAAACUCAGUGGUGCUUGAUCCUAAAGGAGGGAUGAAUGUCAGCAGCCAUCCUGCCGCUGUCCCCAUCAAGGCGUGCUCGGAGGAUGCAGGUGAAAAGGAGGAGAGCGGAGGCCAGGGAGAUGCUGGCCUUCAGGCAGGGCUGAUGCCGGAGCUGGGGGUGAGCUCUGCACGUCUCACCCCUCCCUUGGAGGCAUUGGCUGCUCCCCAGCAGCGAGGGCUCCAGGCCAAGGAGUCCAGACGUGAGCUUCACACAGCAGCUCUUCCAGCUGCAGCUCCGGCUUUGCCAAACCAAGAGGAAAACAAAAAGCAGCCCACCCCGGCCAUGGAGGCGAAAGUGCAGGUGAAGCAGUCCAAACACGUCAGGGAUGUUGUUUGGGACGAGCAGGGCAUGACGUGGGAGGUUUACGGUGCUUCCCUCGAUCCAGAAUCCCUGGGAAUUGCCAUCCAGAACCACUUACAGAGACAAAUACGGGAACACGAGAAACUGAUCCGGGUCCAGAACAAUCAGACCCGGAAAUCCAUUUCCUCGGAUACAUCCUCAAAUAAAAAACUGAAAGGGAGGCAGCACAACGUGUUCCAGUCCAUGCUGCAGAAUUUUAGGCGUCCUAACUGCUGCGUCCGACCCGCUCCCUCGUCUGUGUUAGACUGA